AUGAAUAUUUCGAGAUUUACUCGUUUAAUACAAAUAAAACCUGUUAAAAACAUUAGUUAUAGAUGUUCAAGCCGUGCAUUAGAAUAUUUUAAUAGCAAUAACAAUAGGAAUGGUGCUAAGAGCAGUUAUUACAGUGGAAUUUUGGCCGUCGCGGCCGGGGUGAUAGGUUAUAUCAGUUUAAAGAAUAAAUUACUAGCUGCGACUGUGAUAAACAAUGAUUUAAAGGGUAGAAGAGAGAAGUUUAACUUUAUAGCUGAUGUGGUGGCUGUGUCAGCGCCGUCAGUCGUGUAUAUAGAGAUAAAAGAUGGUAGAAGAUUGGAUCUGUUUUCCGGUCAGCCUGUGACAUUAUCCAAUGGUUCUGGGUUCAUUGUGAAGGAAGACGGCCUUAUAUUAACGAAUGCUCACGUUGUAGUAAACAAGCCUAAUGCUAUAGUUAACGUGCGGUUAUUUGAUGGCUCCAUACACACAGGUUUUGUAGAGGAUGUAGACUUGAAGUCAGAUCUCGCAACUCUUCGGAUACCGGUGAAAGGCUUACCUGUAAUGAAAUUAGGGUCAUCAGCAGACAUCCAGCCUGGAGAGUGGGUAGUGGCGAUGGGCAGUCCUUUAGCUCUUAGUAACACAGUCACCGCUGGUGUAGUCAGUUCUACUCAAAGAGCUAGUGAAGAACUAGGAUUAAGAGGCAAAGACAUGGUAUACAUACAGACAGAUGCCCCAAUCACGUUCGGCAACAGUGGAGGUCCGUUAGUUAACUUGGAUGGAGAGGCGAUAGGUAUAAACAGUAUGAAAGUCACAUCGGGCAUAUCCUUCGCUAUACCCAUAGACUAUGUCAAGGAGUUCUUAGCUAAGAAACGCUCCACAGGGACAACGAAGUCGCCACAAGUGUCGAGACGGUACCUUGGCAUCACUAUGCUGUCGUUAACGCCCAAUAUACUCAUGGAACUAAGAAUGAGGAAUCCAGAGAUGCCGACUGACAUUGAACAUGGAAUCCUCGUGUGGAAAGUUAUAAUUGGAUCACCUGCUUACAAUGGAGGCCUUCAACCAGGAGACAUAGUGACCAGUAUAAACGACAAGCCAGUGCGGACAGCUAGCGACAUCUACCUGAUUUUAGAGAACACUAGCGGAAGUUUGCGCAUAGAAGUCGUUAGAGGGCGCCAGCGGGUGGCACUUACUGUCUCGCCCGAAACUCACUGA